CAUUGAUGAAGGCACACAGAGGCAUUGCACGGAGGAUUGCAGACAUCGAACGCUGCAACUAUCCAAUGGCUGGCGCCGGCUAUCCCACAGGCACCGUGGAGAGCGUCAAAGCUCCUGCUGGAUGUCCGCAGCUAGUUCCUGAUGAGCCGCCCAGCAAGGACCUCGCAGCAGGUGUGGCUGAUUGCGUGGUGAACCCUUUGCAAGCUCAGUACACCUGGGAUUCGCUGACCACCCUGAUCGAGUCCUGCCGGCGUUUGCGGAAGAACAAUUGGGAGGCCAUGGCAGAGUUCCCAAAACGUGGGCCGUUCUUCGAGGACAUGCCGAAGAAUGGGCCCAGCACCAGCGAGAUGAUCACAGGAGGGUGCAUGAGAGCCCGCUUCGAGCCUGGAGGGGCCUCGUUGGCCUCAGGUGAGGCCCUCUUCGAACCUGGAAGUCGCGACAAAAGAUGGGCCUCAGAGUGGAUGCUGAAGCACCGGAUUUGGAUCCCUCUCCGAAGCAAGAUCUAUUUUGGGUGACGUCACUGCA